AUGGUUCCUGGUCGUAACUUGACUUUCUUCCAUCUUCAUGGAACUUCCACCCACUUCUUCAUNUGUGUCCAAGCUAAGAAUAGUAAAGAGGCCCUGGCUCUGUUCCAUGAAAUGCAAAUUAAGAAAAUCAAACCUGAUAAAGUUACCAUGGUUAACUGUUUGUCUGCAUGCUCACAACUAGGAGCACUUGACGUAGGAAUAUGGAUUCACCAUUAUACUAAAAGGCAUAGUAUUUCUCUCGAUGUUGCAUUGGGAACUGCACUAGUUGACAUGUAUGCUAAGUGUGGAAAUAUUGCAAAGGCUCUCCAGGUUUUCCAAGAGGUUCCUCAAAAGAAUUGUUUGACCUGGACAGCCAUUAUUUGUGGUUUAGCACUUCAUGGGAAUGCCUGGGAUGCUAUAUCCUAUUUCUCAGAAAUGAUCCGUAGUGGCUUAAGACCUGAUGAGAUCACUUUUCUUGGUGUCUUAUCAGCUUGUUGUCAUGGAGGUUUAGUUGAAGAAGGCCGAAAAUACUUUUCCCAAAUGAGCUUUAACUUUAAUAUAACUCCUCAGCUUAAACACUACUCGUGCAUGGUGGAUCUUUUAGGAAGGGCUGGUCAUUUGGAGGAAGCAGAAGAGCUUAUUAGAAAUAUGACAAUAGCAGCAGAUGCUGCUGUGUGGGGUGCUUUAUUCUUUGCAUGUCGUGUUCAUGGUAAUGUUUUAAUAGGAGAGAGGGCAGCUUUGAAACUUCUUGAGAUGGAUCCUCAAGAUAGUGGUAUUUAUGUUUUGCUUGCUACUAUGUACAGUGAGGCAAAAAUGUGGAAGGAGGCAAGGAACGCAAGAAAUAUAAUGAAGAAGAGAGGAGUAGAAAAGAUUCCUGGUUGCAGCUCAAUUGAAAUCAAUGGCAUUGUGCACGAGUUUGUGGCAAAGGAUGUGUUACAUCCACAGUUUGAAUGGAUUUAUGAAUGCCUGGUUUCAUUGACAAAGCAACUAGAGCUUCUUAUGUUAAAAUGUGAAAUUCCUGCUUAUGGAGAUGAAUUUGUUUCCUAAACUUUCAUAUGGCACAGAACCAGAACCAACUAUGGCAAUCAUUGGCCAGAACAUUGAUUCUAAUGAUGCCAUGUACAUUUUGGAGAAUACUUGCAUAGUUACGGUGUUGGACUCCAACUUAAAUGACUUCAUGACUUGGUUCUACUUCUAGACUCAACGGGAUGAAGAGGUCAAGUUAAAGAAAUUCUGAAUGUUAUGUAUAAACUCUUGGCUCUUGUAUAUUGGAUUGUGGUCAUGCUUGCAUUUGAAAGCUUAUGAAUUUGUCUGAUCAAUAUACUGCAUCAACAACACAAUAAAUAUUGCUUUAAAAAAUUUGUCCAAAUCCAAUUGCUGACGCUUUCUAUUUCUGCUUCUUGGUUUCAUAUUAUUGCUACCAUACAUGAUUCACAUGUCUACUCAUGUUUGCUUCAAUGCAUUGUUCAUUUUUUAGUUUUUUUUUUCCUGCUGCUUCUUUAGUAACAUUUUUUUUAAUAUUAAUAUCAACAACUAAAUUAUUCUGCUGUUUCUGGCUCAGGAGGAGUAGGAAGAAAACUGAUACUGUAAAUUCUGUCUUGAAAUUGACCAAAGAAAGUGGGAGCUGGAUUCAAUAUAGGUUAUCCAUGUAUUACUGCCAAAAUGGACAACCGUAAAAUGGUAUGGUGGGCAAAAUCUUUGGUUGCUGCUACUACUGCCCCCAAACAAGACCCAUUUUACUUGUGAAUUGGGUUCAGGUCGUCUUAAGGCUCAAGCAGGCUUUCACACUAAGAGUUACCAAGAACUGCACAAAUUCACCAUGUGAGUUUCCCAUCAGGAGGUUUAUGAAACAUGUGAUGAUUCUUUUGCACUGGUUGAUGCUCUUCUACCGAUUGCUAUAACCUGCUGGAAGAUUAUCCAUCAUUGUGCAUGGAAAUGGUGACAACAAGUGUUGAAUGAGAAAGCAAAUGAUAUCUGAUACUAGGAUGUUUUGUCCUGACAAGUUGUAUGUUUUGCAUUGGCAUGGCACGCAGAAUGGCUUAAAAAUACAGCAACCAAUUCUUACCUUGUUAGCUGAGGUCAGCUAUAUGGAUCAAUUGACACCGUGAAACUUUGUGAAAAACUAAACUAUCAAUAAAAAUCACUUUUAGCAAGGUCAUUCUUAGUAGUUUCUUGUAAUAUUUUCUUUGCUUUUUCAUUCCAUUUAAUUGGGUUAUCUUCCAUUUGAUCCACUUCUUUUUACUUUCAGUACCUCUUUUAUUUGUUCAAGAUCCAAUUGUUCUCUAGGUCAGAGACUACAGAUUGUUAGUGUUGAUUUAAACCUUGUCUUUUGUGUUA